AAUCGAAUCUUCCCUAUCCAUUUUCCAGAACUUCAGGCUGUAAGUUACCUUUCUGCCCUUCCUCUUUCCCCGUGAGUUCCAAUCCUCCACCGCGUACCCCAAGGUUAUUCCGGAAUCCCGAUCGCCGGUGAACGGAGGGCGGAGCGAGCGGGAUGAAUGCGGUGAAUAUCAAAUUGUGUGCUGAUUUUGGAGUCGGCGGUGCGAGGGCGAGGAGGAGUUGUUUCCCCGUUCGGAGCUCCGAAUUGGAGAGAAGGCCGCAAUCGCUGAGCUUAGGGUUUUCAGCCGGUGCCCGGAGCUGUCGCAUUGUGGCAUGCUCUGCGGAGCGUGACAGCAAUGGCGGCGGCGGAGGAGAAACGAGCUCGUCUUCCUCUUCUUCUUCGAGUUCGGAGGCGGCCGGAUCUUCAACGAAAUCGUUCCUGUCGCGGAGUGAGACUUACGCUAUGCUCAAGCAGCAGAUGGUGGUCGCCGCACAAGCAGAGCCCUUUCCUUUCUCAUCCCUCAAUUUUUUUUUUGGUGCUUUAAUGAAGGACUACAAGGAAGCUGCGAGAAUCCGCGAUUCUUUGAAAAUCUUCGAGGAAGAGGAGCCGCUUCUUCGGCUCCGUCAGCAAUUGAAGGACGCAAUCCAGGAAGAACGUUUCGAGGAUGCAACUAAGUACCGUGAUGAGCUAAACCAACUUGCCCCGCAUUCUCUCUUGAAAUGUUCAAGCGAUACCACCACCCUGGGGAUUAGAGUUCAAGUUAGGAGCGUGUACAUUGAGACUCGUAGCCAGCCAUUGAAGGGGCAGUACUUCUUUGCAUAUAGAAUAAGAAUCACCAAUAACUCGGACCGUCCAGUUCAGCUUCUCAGGAGGCAUUGGAUCAUCACCGAUGCUAACGCCAAGACUGAGAAUGUCUGGGGAAUCGGGGUAAUUGGUGAGCAGCCGGUAAUACUUCCCAAGACGGGAUUUGAGUACUCUUCUGCCUGCCCGCUAUCAACCACGAAUGGUCGUAUGGAAGGUGACUUUGAGAUGAAGCAUAUAGACCAAGUAGGGUCACCGUCCUUCAACGUGGCUAUCGCGCCAUUUUCUCUAUCAACGAUGGGGGAAGAAAGUGAUAUUGUAUGAAAUGCGAGGCUGUGAUUUAUGGAAGCGAAUAUCGGCAUGUUGUUGUUCAUCACCAAGUUUGCAUCGUCAAAUUGAAGGGUCGAAUCCCGACUCAUGAGUUCCUUGUGCCGUUGUUUCGUGGGUGUGAUCUCUCCAGUUUCUCGUUAGCAAAGCAAGAGGAAGAACUACGAAGCGCAUAGCAACCGUUGUAACAUAUGUAUGUAUAUUCUCCACAGUUCCUGGUAAGGAGGAAUUCUGGGAAGUUGUAUGUGUUUCACUUGUUUAAACUACCUGGCAGGCGUACAAUGAACACAAUCUCUAUGUGCUUGAAACAGCAUUUCUUUGGCGAGAGGUGUUGUAGCUGUAUUUGAGAAUUCACUAUUGUUUAGAAAAUACAGAUAGCGUAUCAAAAUAUUUUGGGAUUGAGAUUGUGAUGAUCGGAAUUAAAAUUAUUUAUAAGGAAUUUUCACCCCUAACCAUGGGGGCAUUAAAG